UAGCGCUUCAUUCAGCUCAAAAAAAGAAAAAAAAAAUCUUGGUCCUCCUCAUCCACUACACUACGCUAAUCGUAAGCAACGUGUCGGUAAACCAAACCCAGUGCGUAUCACGCACCCCUUUCCAUUUCCAUUUAUCAUUCUCACCGUUUCCUUCAACUACUUCACUUCGCAACCGCCACCACAACCCUCGCAUCAUCCAAAUUCAUUGUUUAUCGCUUUGAUUCGUUGGUUUUUCAACUUUUACCAACAUUCUCUUCUUCUUGUGUAUUUGAUUCCUGUUACUUUCUUUUAGGUUAGUCUUUUCGCUCCUCGAUUCGUUUUCUCUCCAUUAGAUUUGCGAGUUUAAGUGAAACCCAAACGGAAACCCUACGCCAGUUGUAAAAGUUUGUUAGUUUUUGUUGUAGAAGAAUCUGUUCUUUGUCUUCUAUUUUUGUUUUGAAAUAUAGUAGAGGUAGAUUCAGAUUCCUUCAUCGAUGCUUUGAUUCGAUUGAGUCCUUGUUGUUUAAAUUAGAUUUGUGAUUGUAAGUGAAACCCUAAAGAUCAUGGAAAGUUAGUGAGUUUUAUUGAGGAAGAAGAUGUCUGUGGAAAGGUCGUUUGAGGCAUGGGAAGAGGUGCAGCGUCACGGGCAGGACCUGGCUGACCGGCUUGCCCAGGGUUUCAGCGGAUUAAUUCAUACGCAUAUAAAUUCUACGCAAUUCUCGUGGCCGAACCCUCCGCAAUCGAAGCUCUUUGAUCUGGAGUUUCCAACGCAGAGCUUCGGGAAGAGGGACUUCGCUUUGGCGACUCAGGAGUACGGGAUCAAUGGCGUGUCGGCGAUUUUUGACAUCGGGAACAGGAUCGGGCAGGCUGGGGCGGACUUUGGGGCCAGCUUGAAUGGCCUGGUUCAGCAGUUUUUCCGGUCGUUGCCGGUGCCAGUGCCGUUCAAGCAUGAGGAGAGUUCGGUGAGGGUGGAGGGUGGGGAUAAGGGGUGGCAGAGAGGAGGAGUCGGGAUUGCUGUGCCGGAGGAUUUGGGGUUGGGGUCGCUUAGCGAGAGGUUGAAAAAUCAUGGGUUUGCUGAGAGUGUUAGUGGCGCUAGCGGUGGAAGUGCUGAGGAAGAGGGUGGUGGUGGGUUUAACGUUGGCUCUAUUGGUCUUCUGGGCAGGCGUCAGGGGAUAAUAAAUUUUACAUCAACUUAUGAUAGCAGAACUCAAGAAGUGGAAGGUUCUUUAGUUGCAAGGGGAGAUUUGUGGAGACUAGAAGCAUCACAUGGUGGUUCUACUACUGGAAAUGAAAAUUCAUCUCUUUUCUUAGUUCAGCUUGGACCUCUUCUCUUUAUCCGUGAUUCAACACUCCUCUUGCCUGUUCAUUUGUCAAAGCAGCACUUGUUGUGGUAUGGCUAUGAUAGAAAGAAUGGAAUGCAUUCCCUUUGUCCUGCAGUGUGGUCAAAGCACAGAAGGUGGUUAUUAAUGUCGAUGCUUUGUUUGAAUCCCGUAGCUUGUUCAUUUGUGGAUCUUCAAUUUCCUAAUGGGCAACUAACCUACGUAUCUGGUGAGGGUCUAAGUACCAGUGCUUUCCUUCCUGUUUGCGGAGGUCUUCUUCAAGCUCAGGGUCAAUAUCCUGGGGAAAUGAGAUUCAGCUUUUCAUGCAAGAACAAGUGGGGAACAAGAAUAACACCAAUGGUACAAUGGCCUGACAAAUCAUUUUCUUUGGGUCUUGCUCAAGCCUUGGCCUGGAAGCGAUCUGGUCUCAUGGUGAGACCAUCCGUUCAAUUCAGUUUGUGUCCUACUCUUGGGGGAAGCAAUCCAGGGUUGCGGGCAGAGCUCAUUCAUUCAGUUAAAGAGAAACUUAAUCUAAUUUGUGGAUGUGCUUUCAUGACCUAUCCUUCUGCAUUUGCUUCAGUAUCUAUUGGAAGAUCAAAGUGGAAUGGAAAUGUGGGGAACUCAGGUCUUGUUCUAAGAGUUGAUGUACCUCUCUCCACCGUUGGGCGCCCUUCCUUCUCCAUUCAAAUAAAUAGUGGCAUUGAGUUUUGAUAGCGUUCUAGUGUUUGGUACGAUCUGUUUAUAUUUUGCAUGAAGUGUACAUAGGUUUGAUUCCUGGAACAGUAAUUGCAGGAAAUCCAGAAGAAGAAGAAAAAAUCCUAACAACAAAGCUUACAGUCUUAUGUGAAUAGAAAGUUCUGCCUUGGUUGGUAGUGUAUUAGUUUGUCAUUUUGGAGCUUUGUACUUACUAUUGAAUUUCUAACUAUUUUGCAGGCUUUAACUUCUAGAAGUUCGAUUCCAAAUAUUGUAGGAUUUCUCAUUGUUA